CAGAGGAGAGGGGAGAAGCAGGAGCUCCGAUAAAGGGAGCCAGGGAUGCGCUGGGGGCAGAGUCAGCAGCGUGAGGGAGCCCCCCCCCGACCUCUCUACCAGCCCUCCAGCACGGAUGGCCCCAUGGUAGGGAUCUGCCUCCCACCCCCCCAUCCCCAGCCUGCCAGCUUGUGCAUUUUUGCCUGUUUUCUCACUAGGUUGGCCUAUUGCCUUUAAAAGGCUAAAUGCUCCGGACUAAAUUUGGUCAUGCAGCUCUGCAUGGUUCCCUGGAAUGUCCUCGGGUUUCAGGCUCCUCUGAUAGCACCAUUCCCCGCCUCCCACUGGGCUCCAUUGGCUUCCCAGCUCCCAAACCGCCGCUGGACCCUGUUAUUGGCCAACCCUUGGACCGAGGGGUGUCCCCUCUUUCUAACCACUAUAUCCCAAGGCUGCAGGCGUUGGGAGUCACUGGGAUUUAACACUUCAGCACCUGCUGCUGCUGGGGAAGCAGUCGGAGCUUCGGCUUCUGGUUUUUCUCCUUCCUUGGGUACCACACAACCGCCACCGUGUCUCGCCAGCGAGCCAAGAUGUCCAAAGUGGCCAAAUACCGGCGACAAGUCAGCGAAGACCCAGACAUCGACAGUUUGUUGUCGACUCUGUCUCCAGAGGAGAUGGAGGAGCUGGAAAAGGAGCUGGACGUGGUGGAUGCGGAUGGCAGCAUCCCACUGGAGCUCAGGCAGGAAAACCCGGCGGAGAACAGCGACGUGACGCUCAACCACUGCGGAAAGGAGACCAGGAAACGUCUUCAGAGGGAGCAGUCGGUUGAUGAAACCAGAUUGAGCGAGAAGAACAAGGGAGCCAAGAAUGAAGAAGAGAAGGGAAAGGAAAUGCCUUCCAAAGAGCCGGCCCGGAAACGAGACACAAAGGUGGGGAAAGACUCUAAAAAGGAAGAAAGUGAUCAAAAACCAGACCCCAAAGUUAAAGCUGAAGCUGACACGAAGACCAAAGAGGAGAAGACUAUCAACGAUAAAGUCCAGGCCAUGGAGAAAAAGAAGGUGGGGAAGGACCAAAAGGAAGAAGAGAAGGAUUCAGUGCUGAAGAAGGACGCAGGGAAGGACACAAAGGAGGAAGAGAAGGGCUCCGUGUCGAAGGAGGAUGAGGGGAAGGAUAAAAAGGAGGAAGCGAAGGGCUCAGCAGCGAAGAAGGAGAUGGACAAAAAGGAAGAAGAAAAGGCUUCAGCACUGAAGAGCACAGGGAAGGACAAGAAGGAGGAAGAGAAGAGUUCCGGAGCAAAGAAACAGGCAGGAAAAGACGCGGAAGGAGAAGAUAAGAGAGAAAAAGAUAAAAAAGAAGAGGAAAAAAGUUCGGCUUUGAAGAAAUCCAAGGAGGACACGAAGGAGAAACCGCAGCUGGAGGCAGGGAAGGCGGCGGAGGAGAAGGCAGGCAAGGCAGCGGCCGAGGGCAGCGCCUCCAAGCCCCCCAGCUCUUCGGAGCAGGGCAAGGACGAUGAAGCCUCGAGCAUUUUCGACGAGCUCAUCGAGAAGGUGAAGAACAACGACGCCGCGGUGACCGAGGUGAACGUCAACAACUCGGACUGCAUCAACACCGAGACCCUGGUGCGCUUCACCGAGGCGCUGGAGUUCAACACCGUGGUGAAGCUCUUCGCCUUGGCCAACACCCGCGCCGACGACCACGUGGCCUUCGCCAUCGCCAUCAUGCUCAAGUCCAACAAGGUGUUGACCAGCAUCAACCUGGACUCCAACCACAUCACGGGGAAGGGCAUCCUGGCCAUUUUCCGGGCGCUGCUGCAGAACACCACGCUGACGGAGCUGCGCUUCCACAACCAGCGGCACAUCUGCGGCGGGAAGACGGAGAUGGAGAUCGCCAAGCUCCUGAAGGAGAACACCACGCUCCUGAAGCUGGGCUACCACUUCGAGCUGGCCGGGCCGCGCAUGACGGUCACCAACCUGCUGAGCCGAAACAUGGACAAACAGAGGCAGAAACGCCUCCAGGAGCAGAAGCUCGCCCAGGAGCGUGGCGAGAAGAAAGACCUCCUGGAGGUGCCCAAGCCUGGGGCUCUGCCCAAGGGGUCCCCCAAGCCAUCCCCGCAGCCAUCCCCUAAGGCGUCCCCCAAAAGCUCUCCCAAGAAAGGGGGGGCACCGGCUGCGCCUCCACCGCCACCUCCGCCGCUCGCCCCACCGCUGAUCACUGAGAACCUGAGGAACUCCCUCUCCCCAGCCACGCAGAGGAAGCUGGGAGAGCGGGCGCUGCCGGGCCAGGAGAAGAACUCCCGGGACCAGCUCCUGGCUGCCAUCCGCUCCAGCAACCUCAAACAGCUCAGGAAGGUGGAGGUGCCGAAGCUGCUGCAGUAGGGACGGGAUGGCAUUCCCCCCGCAGCGCGGCGUGCCCAGGACACUCACCUUUCCCGGGACUGUUUCCAUGGCAAACCCUUUGGGACCCUGCAGUGACCAAGCCGAGGAGCAGCGUUCCCUCUGGGAUGGACACGGAAGGGCCACCGCGGCCGAGGGAUGUGGCGCGGGUGAAAGACCUUCUAUUUAUUGGCCUUAACGGUUGUGAAGCCUUCAAGCUCUUCCCUUUGCCAGCACCGUGUCCCGCUCCGUGCCGGCGACACGGGAGGGAUCUGCAGGGCUGGUCCUGAUGGGAAGCUCCUCUCGGAGCACCCCAAAGGGGGUGAUCCAGCCUGGGUGAG